UAAAAAAAGGUCUUAAACCACCCCCAAAACGCUGAGGCAGUAAGCAGUGCAGUCAUUAGAGAGUUUAGUAUUCUAGUUUGUGUUGUGUUCUUCAUGGCAUUGUUGAACAACAUGAAAGACUCUUCUUCUUCCUCCAACCCAGAUCCAGAUUUUUUGCCAAUUGGGUAUAGGUUCAGUCCCUCUCCAGCCCAAUUUGUUAAAUUGUUCUUGUGUAAUUGGAUACUGUGCCGUCAACUCCCUCUCAAUCAUAUUAAAUACAUCAAAUAUUUGUUCCAACUUGAUGCUGAUCAAGUGCCAAAAGGUCAAUCCAAGUAUAUAUGCGAAGACGAAGCAUUUUAUUUCACUGAGAUCAAUCCAAAUGAAAUGCUGUCCAUUCGAACCACUAAGAAUGGUUAUUGGGAGACAAAUGGUGAAGAGGAAGAAGUUAUUCAUGGCAAUAACAUUGUUGGGUUCAAGACAAUUUGGAAUUUCUUUUGGGGACGAGCACCAAAUGGGGAAAUUAGCCAUUGGAGAAUUGAAGAAUACAGGCUCCAUCCAAGUGUAAUUCCAGCUGAUGAACUUAGUAAUAGCAUGAUGGAAAAGACUGGGAGAUGUGUAGCAUGCAAAAUUAAAAAUAUAGAGAAAGAAGAGGAAGCUUACAGGUUUUCAAUGAUGGAAACCCAAACAGAGUCAGAUGAGAUGCUAGAUUCAUCGGAGUCAGACUAUGACGAGAAUAUUGGAGGAAAUUAAAAGACAGCAUAGUAGUGAUCUUGGUUCUAGCCUGAGAUGCUAGAUUCAUGGGAGUCAGACUAUGAUGAGAAUAUUGGAGGAAAUUAAAAGACAGCAUAGUAGUGAUCUUGGUUCUAGCCAUUAUCACGUUUUUUGAUUGAUUGUUUUUCAAAUAUUAUUUUUUUCAAUGAGUAAACUUUUGUUGCCAACAUUACAAUUGUUAUGGCAUACGU